UACCUGUUUCUAGAAAAAUAUUUAUUUUUUACUGGUUCUAUAAUUAGAACGUUUACGGUAUUUCAUAGUGUCAUAUUGAAGAAGGGGAAUUAUGAGAUGCUAGCGUCUUCUCUACAAGCAUAUAUCAUUCUCCUACUAUCAUCAAGGCAUCUCAAAUCAGUGUUUCCACUCAAAUCUCAAGUACAAGUCAAAAUGGCUGAAGCAUCAUCGUCAUCAAUCCCAACGACACUGUUCGAAACUUCCCCACAGAAAAAUCCUUCCCAACAAUCGUCAAGUGCCUUACCUGUAUGCAAUCAGCCAGACCCCGACCCUCCUCCCAUCUCCCCACCAGACCCACAGGAGGUAUCUACAAUAUCUUGUGAAGACAGUUCAAUCAUUUUAGCAGUUUCGGAACAAUCUCCAUCACCUAUUCCUUCUCCAGCAACCGACAAACUAACUGAAAACAAAUUAAAAAUAAUUUCAAGUAAGAUUGAUAUGAAAAAAAGAAGUUCAGGACCUAGUUUGUCUUCUGAGACUAAGCGUUCUGAGCACAAGACUGAGGCAAGUCUGAUGUAUCCUGCAAGGGAACCGAAAUGGGAGCCUAGGGUUCGUCCAAAUUCAUUUGUAGCUAUGAGGAUACCGUCUGUUGAGAUCAGAGAUGGAUUAAAAAGUGUUCAGCAUUCUUUGAUGAAGUUUGAUCGUGACAUGAAACAUGUCAUCACUUCUCUGGAUAAGCUGCAUUUAACCCUGUUGGUACUCAAAUUAGCGGAUGACAGUGAAGUUGAAAGGGCUAUAUCCACUCUUGAGGUAGCUACCAAGAAAGUGGUACGUGACUAUAACCUCUCCACUGAUCCUCUGGUGCUGACUCUAAAAGGCGUCGGGACUUUUGGACAGAAAGUUCUCUUUGCUGAGAUUGAAGACGGUCCAUCAAAAGAAAGACUACAAGAAAUAGCUGGUGUUUUGAAGUCAGUAUUUAUGGCUGAGAAGUUCCCUGGCAUCGACCCCAAUCCCUUCAACCCUCAUCUCACCAUUGCUAAGAUGUCUACAAUGCCUCAGAACGUUGAAAGGAGACACCAGCAACGUACAGGAAGAAGGAAGUGCAUCGACAGAAGAGCAUAUGCUGAGUUUAGAGAAAUGGAGUUUGGACGUCAAGUUGUGGACGGAUUAGAACUGCUCUCCAUGAAAUUACCUGCAGAUAGCCAGGGAUAUUAUCACUGCUUCCAUAAAAAUCAAUUUAAUGCCAUUUAGGCCUAUAGUAUUUACCUGCAAGUUUAAUAUAGCCAGCGAUAAUUAUUGCUGCUAUAGAAUGUUUUGUGCUGUUUCUUAUGCCAAAUUAUGUGUUUUAGCAUUAUCAUAGAUAGAACUGUUCUACUACACUAUCUAUGAUUAUGUUGUAUCUGAUUUUAGUGUGUCCUAAAAUGUAUUGAUCUACUGCG